AUGCCGGAGCUGCGCGAAGCCCAGCGCUGCCAGCCGCAGCUCCAGCGCUUGCUGUCGCUGAAGGGCGCGGAGCUGUCGGCGCUGAGAGGGGCGGAGCGGCGACAGCUGGCGGCCCAGGUGCGGCUGCAAUCGGAGCUCCGGGAGCGCCAGCUACUGGCCAUGGAGAAGCUGCAGGAAAAGGAGGAAGAGAUUCGUGCCUUGCGCGGGAGCCGCCGCGCAUGA